UUUGCAGGGAAGAGCACUGUGGCCUGUGCCUUGAGUCAAAGCUUAUACAAAAUAGGAAAGUUAGCUUAUAUCCUCGAUGGGGACAAUGUGAGGCAUGACCUGAAUCGCGACCUUGGUUUUAAAGCAGAAGAUCGUGCUGAGAAUAUAAGGAGGGUCGGUGAGGUUGCAAAAUUGUUUGCAAACGCUGGAGUUAUUUGCAUUGCUAGUGUGAUAUCUCCAUAUCGAAGGGAUCGAGAUGCCCGUCGUGCCAUUUUGUCUGAUGGAUACUUUAUUGAGGUGUUCAUGGAUGUUCCUCUUGAAGUUUGUGAAGCAAGAGAUGCAAAAGGACUGUAUAAGCUUGCAUGGGCAAGGAAGAUCAAAGGUCACUGCAACUUGUUAUCAUCUUCCUUAGAUUUACUUGAUGAUCUCUUCAAACUUUUAUAGGCUUUACUGGUAUCGAUGAUCUGUACAAAGUACCAUUGAAUUGUGAGGAUGAUUGAAGUCAUCAGAUUGAAAGCUAAGCGAUUGUGUAGAUAGCCAGGCGGUCGUUGAAGGUUGAAGACUGAGAAGGCGUUUAGGAUUUCUUAUUUAAGUCUUGUCUUAGGA